CUGUGGUGACGGCCCGUGGCGGCGGCGGGGGUGGCGGCGGCGGCACCAGCUGGCCCGAGCCCGAUCCGGAGCCGGCUCUCCUGGAAGCCAUGGAUCGGAAGAGGUGGGAGUGCUCAGCCCUCCCGGAGGGAUGGAAAAGGGAAGAAGUGACCAGGAAAUCUGGGCUUUCCGCCGGAAAAAGCGAUGUCUAUUACUAUAGCCCAAGUGGGAAGAAAUUCCGCAGCAAGCCGCAGCUGGCCCGUUACUUAGGGAACUCCAUGGAUCUCAGUACUUUUGAUUUUCGGACAGGAAAGAUGCUGAUGAGCAAGGUCAACAAGAACCGGCAGAGGAUGCGUUACGACUGUUCGAGUCAAGCCAAGGGCAAGCCCGACCUAAAUACAGCUCUCCCUGUCCGGCAGACGGCUUCCAUCUUCAAGCAGCCGGUCACCAAAAUCACAAACCACCCCAGCAAUAAAGUCAAAACCGACCCCCAGAAAGCAGUCGAUCAACCCCGACAGCUCUUCUGGGAGAAAAAACUGAGUGGUCUCAACGCCUUCGACAUUGCAGAGGAGCUGGUGAAAACCAUGGACCUCCCCAAAGGGUUGCAAGGCGUGGGGCCGGGCUGCACCGACGAGACGCUGCUUUCUGCCAUCGCCAGCGCCCUCCACACCAGCACGAUGCCCAUCACUGGGCAGCUCUCAGCCGCUGUCGAGAAGAACCCCGGGGUCUGGCUGAACACCUCCCAGCCUCUCUGCAAAGCCUUUAUGGUGACCGACGAGGACAUCAGGAAACAGGAAGAGCUGGUUCAGCAAGUGCGGAAGAGGUUGGAGGAAGCUUUGAUGGCCGACAUGCUGGCUCACGUCGAGGAGAUCACCCGCGAUGGGGAUGUCCCGACGCCGAAAGUCGGGAACGAAGAUGGGGAGGAGGAGGAGGAGAUGGAGCGGUGUCAGGAGGUGGAGAAGGUAUAGUCCAGGCGGUCCUUCCUUAAAUCAUUUGAGCCUCAAUCCUGUCCUUCCCCGAGGGAGUUGGGUCUACGCUGUGCGCGGACCACGCCGCCGAGCGGCGAAGUGUCGGGCAAUUUGCGGGAAGCCAGGCGAGGGGGGAAAACGGUUCCAACCCCUUGGAUGGAAGACAAAUCUCGCUCUUUUUUAAAAAAAAUGUUUUUCUCCUCGCUUGCACGCUUUUCCUUUUCUUGUUUCCGUAUCAAUUUUUCUUUCCAUCCGGGGAGGUUCCGAUCAAACCUCCGAGGCUUUCCCGUUAAUCCCUCCCAGAACUGGUUUUUCUCAACGCUUCGGACGCCGACGAGACGAAAUGCAGAAGGGCAACCUUAGGGUCAAUCUGGGCCCGUUUUCGAAGCCGUCGCCUUUUUUUAUUUUUAUUUUUUAUUAUUAUUAUUAUUUUAGUUGCCAAGGCUCCGUUUCGCUUUUGAAAAACGUGUCGUGGAACUGUCUUUAUUAUAAUUUUGUUGGUCUGGCUUACGUAGAAGGACAGGAUGGCGCCUUUGGGGUUUUUUUUGUGCAGCUAAAAGUUGUGCCUUUAUGUUUAGCUUUUGGAGGGCUGGGAACAUUUUAGGGUGCAGGUUUCGGCCAGAAAUUCCCUUUUUCCAAACCAACAAACAGAAAACGGACAUAGGAGGCAGGACUUCUCCUGCGCGAACCCCUUUUUUUCUUUCACAUAGAAAAGCUUAACUCAGUUGUGGAAAAAAGCAUCUCCAGCGGAAACAAGAAACGUCAUCUGAAGAACACUUUGCAACUGACCGGUGCUAAAUAAGGGUGCUUUUGUUUUCUUUUUAAGUUUAAUUUAAUUUGUGUGUCCGUGUGUGCGAGAGUGAGAGACGGCUGCUACCCCUCUGCUAUCCAAAUUUCUUUCUUUCCUGCUUUCCUGGAUUCAGUUAUCCCAACAGAGAGGAAGGGUCCCUCAACUAAUCCUGCAGAAUUACACGUUUUUUUGAAACGUGAAAGCCAAUUUUUCUUUAUUGUUUUAAAUAAGCCCAACCAUGUGCACUGGAGAAUGGAGGGGAAAGAGGCAGAAUUUUCCAUACCAAAAGGGGGAAAUUUGAGGAACUGAAGCUGGCAGAUGAUGAGAUCCGCGUUUCCUGUAACAUUAUGACACUCCUCUCCGCACCGGAUAGCUGUCGAUCUUUGAAACGAUCAGUCUGGCAGCUCGUCCGAACUGCGUUGGACCCACUGAUGGGCCGCGUAAACCUUGCAUUGAUGUCACUCCCGAGCAGGCAAUCCACAAGCCAUGCAAUGGCGGGCCUCAAAUCUCCCUUUAAUUAACGAUCAUCGUUAGGAUUGCAGCGUCCCCUGCUCCCAGUUUUGCCAUGGGGGGGCAGGGCUUCCCAGAGAGGGGUUCGACAACCCCAGAACGAUUUUCUUCCAAGAUCUUGCUGGUGGAUUUUGCUUUUUGGCCAUAUUCAGAGAACAACUCAUCAUCAUCUGAACAUUUCGCUUUCCAGGUUUGUGUUUGUUUCUUUGAAGCAGGCUGUUUGGGCGCAGUUUUCCUGUUUCUGCACUGCCAGUUGUAAUCUGUAAUGUUAAAAAAAAUGCAUGUUACGUAUAUGUGCGCAUUAUGUACGGGCGGGCUGUUUCCUGGCUUUCUCUCUUAGCGCACUGCGCGGUCUGGACAGCUUUGCAAAGACGUUAGAGAAAUCUCGUAAUCAAGAUGGGCGUGAACCGCCAGUUCGGUGGUUCCCAGCUCUUGACUCCUCUGGUGGGCAUCCAUUCCGAGGCAGCGCGCAGAGGAGGUGGAGCAGAGAAUCUGAGACGUGGCCUCUGAGUGGGCCAGAUCCAACAUCGGUUCCCCUGUGUGUGACCAUGACGUUACUCUCUUCCAUAAUGGUGUCAUAAUUCGGUUUUGAGAAGGUGCUGGUGGGUUUUGUUUUAUGCUUUUUUAAAAAAAAAUGCACACCUGCAAUAGCUUGUUAAUGUACAGCCUUGUGUUUUUUCCUUGGGGGGUGGUGGUGGGAGGAUAAUUAGUUUUGUAAUAAAGUGUGGU